AUGUAUAUGAAACAACCAGACUAUUCUACGAAAACAGUUUCGUGGAAGAAAAUUCGACCUCCAGAAAUAUGUUACUUAAAUUAUUGUUUAAUAAAUGCACAGAGUUAUCCGAAAGCAGUCUGGUAUAUAUUUGGAAACGAACUGUGUGAACGGUUUAGUUAUUAUGGACUUAAAGCUGUUUUGGUUUUAUUUUUUACAACAAUACAAAAAUAUGACAACAAUACUUCCACGAUAAUAGUUCAUUUGUUUAUUGUCUCUCAAUCCAUAUCAACAUUGUUUGGAGCCAUCAUCGCAGAUUCAUACUGGGGAAAAUAUAAAACAAUCUUCAUUUUGUCUAUUGUGCACGCAGUGGGAAAUAUCAUAGUGGCUAUUUCAUCUCUUGUCACUUCAGUCAGUAUUAAUUUUCAAAGAUUAUUUACAAUAGUUGGAUUAUUGAUAACAGCAAUCGGAGCAGGAGGUAUAAGACCAUGCGUCUGUGCUUUUGGUGGUGACCAAUUUGAGAUGCCAGAUCAAGAAGAUCGUCUGCAAAUGUACUUUUCAAUAUUUUACUUUACUAUCAAUUUAGGGUCAUUCUUAUCAUCGUGCAUUACACCGGAGCUGAGGAAAUCAGUUCAGUGUUUUGGCAAAGAUUCAUGUUUUCCAUUAGCGUUUGGGGUGCCUGCUCUCCUUAUGAUAAUCUCAAUAGUGUUGUUUGUAAGUGCCAAGAACCUGUAUAAGAUCAUUAAACCCACGUCCAGUGUCAUUACAACUUCAAUUGGAUGCAUAUUUCACGCGUUGAGAAAAAAAAUAACAGCUUCUUCAAAUGAAGCGAAAAGGAAAGAUUGGUUGGAAUAUGCAGAUGAUAAGUACAAUGCACAAGAAAUAUCUGAUUUGAGAUCAGCGUUGGAUGUUUUAUUUUUGUUAAUUCCAAUCCCAAUGUUUUACACACUUUUAGAUCAACAAAGUUCUCGUUGGGUUUUGCAAGGAACACUAAUGAAUGGAAAAAUCGAUUUUUUAAAUUGGAUUAUAAAGCCUGAUCAAAUUCAUUUAAUUAACCCAUUGUUCGUAUUAAUAUUUAUACCAUUUUUUAAUGUGGCCAUCUAUCCACUUUUGAAUAAAAUUGGUAUAAAUACAGCUUUUAGAAAAAUCAUUCUCGGUGGAAUGUUUGCUGCACUAUCAUUUGCAAUUGCUGCUGUUGUCCAAUACACGAUAAUUGGCCAAACCUUUUCCAUACCGUCAAAUGAAAGCCAACUAAGAAUAUACAACAAUUUUGAUUGCAAUGUAUCCAUAUCCGGUUCCUUGGUUGGAAACUUCAGUAUUGAACAAUUAGAUGUACUUCAUAUUAAUUAUAAUACAACUGUGUUUAAUGAAACUGACGUCUUAUCCAUAGACUUACUUCCUUCUUGUGAAUUAAAAUCGAAUACAUUGAAACAACAUGUUUUCAUCGAAAAAGAAACGGUUUCGUCAUAUUUGUUAACGUCUAAAAAUAAUGUUGAUAUUGAAUUAAUACAUUUAAGCGAAUUGAAGAAAUUAAAGAACGGAAAUUCAAAUCUUAGGUAAACAUCUAAGAGACAUGGGUUUUGGGUAAUAUUAUACUAAUA